GGGCCGGAAGCACGAGGCGGCGCGGGGCUAUAUGAGGGCGGCGGCGCGGGAGCCCGGCUCAGCAGCUCAGGAUGAAGCCGGUGCAGGCGGAGGGCGCGGUGCUGCGCGAGGGGGAGCUGGAGAAGCGCAGCGACAGCCUGUUCCAGCUGUGGAAGAAGAAGCUGGUGGUGCUGACGGCCGAGAGCCUCAGCCUGUUCCCCGACGGGCCGCCGGGCAAGCGCGCCGCGCGCGCCAAGGAGCUGGGCUUCGGCUCCAUCCUGAAGGUGGACUGCGUGGAGCGCACCGGCAAGUACAUCUACUUCACCAUCGUCACCACGGAGCGCAAGGAGAUCGACUUCCGCUGCCCGGCCACCAGCCGCUGGAACGCCUCCAUCACCAUGGCCCUCAUCGACUUCCAGAACCGCCGCGCCAUACAGACCUUCCGCGCCCGCCGCGACCCCGCGCUGCCGCUCGACCCGCCGCCCGCCCCCGAGCGCCGCCCGGCCCGCGCCUCCUGAGCCCGCCCGCCAAGAACUUACCGCUGGAUCAAAAACAAGAUCAAGUGUCUUGGACUGAAGUGUGACAGGGUACCAAUGAAGGAAUACAAAGAAGAAAGCUGGAAGCACCGUGACUUCCUUCAAGUCUGUUGAGGCUGCUAAGGAAAGAGCCCUGAGCUUUGUAUGAGAUUUAAUCUUAAAAACCAAAGACUUUCUUGAAAGGACUUCUUGUGAAGCUUCCGUGUGUUUUAAGUGGUUCCGCUUUGCAAACUAUUCUUUUCUAUUUAUGGGAUGCAAAGAAUAUUCAGCACCUAUAGGUGUAAAAAGUUAAAUUAUUUGUAGUAUCUAUAUUUGUAUUUAUUUUGAUGAAUGUUGUUAAGCAGUUAUUGGUCUUAAUAUUGCUUUUUUUUUUUUUUUUUUUUUUUUUUUUGCAUUAAUGUGUCCAUUCCAAAUAAAUUACUUGAAAUGUU